AUGUUGUUUAAAUUUGUAGCAGGUCCAAGGAAGAAAAAACCAGGAACCGUUCCUGUCUACCUAAACGUCUAUGACCUCACACCUAUUAACGGUUAUGCUUAUUGGUUUGGUCUUGGAAUCUACCAUUCAGGUGUUCAAGUUCAUGAUGUUGAAUAUGGUUUUGGGGCACAUGAAAAUGACACAAGUGGUAUAUUUGAAGUGCAACCGAAAAACUGUCCUGGUUUCACUUUCAGAAAAUCUAUUUUCAUUGGAACAACGGAUCUGGGGAGUAAAGAUGUUGGUGUUUUCAUGGAGAAACUAGCGAGAGAAUAUUCUGGAAAUUCUUACCAUCUUAUUUCUAAGAAUUGUAACCAUUUUUGUGAGGAUGUUUGUUAUAAGUUGACGGGGAAAUCGAUUCCGAGAUGGGUUAAUCGACUUGCCAGACUUGGUUUAUUUUGCAACUGUGUUCUUCCGCCUGGCUUAAACGAAACAAAGGUUCGACAAGUUACAUCCGACAGGGUUCAAGAAGGUGAAAAACGGAAAAUCAGAAGUCAAUCCAGCAGAUACGAGGCUUCCUCCAACCCCCGCGGUUCAUCUAGACAUUGCCUUCGUCCGUCGUCAUUGAUGAAAGCUUCUUCAACCACAACAUUAACAGUGAAGUAA